AUGGCUUCAAGCAAAAAUCUACCAGUAUUUUGCAUUCUAUUGUCCCUUGUAGCAGCAGCUACUAUUGCUUCUGCAAAUAGCAAUUAUGAAAAUGGUUAUUAUGGCUAUGGCAAUAAUGCCCCCAAAACAUAUAAGAAGAAUGUGCCUACAAAAGGAUUAGUCCCUGAAGCAAAUAUUAUUGCUGUUCAAGGAAUGAUUUUUUGCAAAUCUGGUUCUAAAUACAUCCCACUUAAGGGAGCGGUAGCAAGGAUAACAUGCCUAGGCACGGAGAAAAACGGUUAUGAAACAGCUCCAUUCUCCUUCUCAAGUUAUCAAUCGGACGCAAAGGGUUAUUACUAUGCAGUAUUUUCAGUAAAGGAAUAUGAUGAAUCUUGCACAAUAACACAAUGCAAAGCCUUCUUAGAAAGCUCUUCACUUGAAGAAUGUGAUGUCCCAACUGAUGAAAAUAAAGGGAAAACAGGAGCUCUUCUUACUUCUUAUAGAUUACUCAAUGAAUAUGCAAACAAGAAAACAUUAUUGUAUUCUGUUGCCCCUUUUGUUUACACUUCUAAUGAUGAUGACUACACUAAAUCCAAUUACAAACGUGAAGGGGGUUAUUAA